AUGGUAAAAGUUAGUUUUUAAAAAAUGUUUGCAAAAAAUUCAAUAGUUAUACCCACAACUUUUUAGUCUUUUUUGGAAUAAAUGAUGAAUGAUAUAAUUCAAUAUAUUUCUGAUCAAAAAUUGAUUACAAUUAAAGAGAUAUUAUAAAUUCCAUUAAGGCAAUAUUUGACUUAAUACUAAGAAAUUUAUUUUAAUUAAUUUAUUAGAAAUUUAUUAUCAGAAAAUAUCAAAAAGGAAAUAUUAGUAACAGUUAAUUAAGAAAAUUAAUUAUCGAAAUUAGAUUGGGAUUAAAAAGAACUUGAAUUUUGA